GUAUAUCUCUAUUUAUGAUAUGUGAAAUACAUAUGUAGUACAUAUUCGUAUAUUUCAACAAAGCUGUUGGUCUUUGUUGGGGGAGGGAGUGACUAUAUCAUUUCAGCUGGGAAAUUCAAACCAAAUAAUCAUAUACGUGAUUUAAACAAAGCAUGUGUGAUUCCGUGUGUAUGGUUGAUUGUGUGUAUAUAUGUAUAUUAAACACACGUGUGUGUGUGUGUGUGUGUGUAAGCGAUCAGAGAGAAUUCCUUGUGUAUAAGGCUUCAGGUUUCCUAUGUCCGUUUCCAGUGUUGUGCUAUUUAGCUGUAUAAGUUUCUCAACCAAAAUUGAACCACUAACUUAAAACUCAGCAGCUGUCCUAUCGUUUAAUGUUGCAUCUGGUCCGUGAUUUCCGGCAUCUGUUGUGUAAAAUUUUGCUGUUGUUUCUAACACCUGUCUUGUAAUCUAUCUGACACUUGUUUUGUGGUUGCCUAUACAAACGCUAGUCACUGGCUGCGUCUUAUUUGAGUCAUUGAGACUGCAGCCACGUAUGAAAUCGAGUUCCUGCACACUGAAAAUAAGCUAAUGUGGUACCAAAAUCCUUCAACAACAUUAUCAGAUCUACAAGUAGAAGAAAUCUGUCACUGGCGAUCUGUGAAAUACGUGCCUGAAAAAAAGUAGUUGCCAUAUGCUUGAAGGAGUAAAACUCGAUCGCUUAAAUAUAUCAUGUAUUGGUUUAAACUAUUUUGGUAACAAGUAUUGGGCAUCACGGAGCAAUCAAGUGCCUGCAGAUGCUGAAUUUCAGAAGGACAGAGAUAACCUCAAAGAUACCCUUACAAUUAGUACUUCCGAGGAAAACAUUGAUUACCCUCAGUGCUUGUUCAGCAAAUCAGCCCUGUUUUGCAGGAUGAGCCGUUUCAUCGUCAUACCACGUUGUCCUGAAGACGCAACCAGUGUAGUGCGAGGUCUGAGACAUUACUUAAGUCUGCUUCAAAGCACUUCGGACCCAAAAGACCCAUGGUCUGGACCUCACCACGGGGCUGUUGGGCUUAUCUGUGUUUCCCCUUUAUCUCUGGUGGACACAACUUGGUUACGCAAACAGCACUGUUCUGUGCUGUUGAGGAAACGCCCCUGUUGUUGGCACUGUUGUUCUUGUCGGAUGGGCAAUCGGUUCUACACCAAGCUGUUCAUUUUCUUCGUAGUUUGUAACAGUAUUUGGAUCAUCUACCCGCCUGUGGUUCAAUGGAGGGAAGCUUUGGCGUAUGGCAAGCUCAACAGAACCGAAAAUGGUUCGCCUCAGACGCCCCUCUCUGAGCAGCGCGUGGCGGGCGCGGGCGGGGUGAGGGGAGUGGAGUGGUGGCAGAAACAUCUAUGCAAAUCGGCUUUCCUCGAACAACCUGAGGAUUCCAAGAUGAUGGAUUUGCUGAUGCUUUCCAGAGACAUCACGCCCAAUGCAAGCGAUUAUAACGUGUACCUCGGGGAGACAGGCUGCAACCCACGCCCACUGUACAGAGCGUGGUGUUCCGUCGAGAGCUUCGCACUUCAGAACCCGACGGCGAAAGUGUGGUAUCUGAUCACCUCCCCGCAAGUGGACGACACCGACGCUCUCGUCACCAACCUCAAAAAGCGUUACAGCAACCUGAACGUCGUGGGGGCCGAUCUCGACAAGAUGUUCACCGGAACGCCCGUCGAGAAAAUAUUCAAGUCGGGCAAGUGGGCGCACAACACGCCCUGGCCGGCGAACAAUAUCUCCAACCUCCUGAGGAAUGUUCUGCUGUGGCUGUGGGGCGGGAUGAACGUCGACACCGACUGCAUCUGCGUCAGGAACGUCACGAGCCUGCAUAACGUUAUGGCCUACGAUGAGAUCGGGCAAAUCGCCAACAACGCCAUCAUGCAUUUCGACGCGCAAAGCCCAUUCACGUUCGCGUUGAUGUCGUAUAUGAAGAAACAUUUCCGAGUGUCAACGUGGCAUGUGAACGGGCCGGGUACAGCCACGGCCGUUACGAAGCAAGUCUGCAAUGCCACGAACAUGAAUGACGUCUUCAUAAAAAAAUGCAGUGCCGUGACCCUCCUUCCGUUAAAGAAUUUGCAGAUAGUUCGGUGGAACCAAUGGAAAAACUUCUUCGAGGGCGAACCAGAAAAAUUUAUAGAGGUUUACACACAAAGACGGCUAUAUUAUGCAUAUGUACAACAAACUCAGCAAGGAAAUACCUAUUAAAAUAGGUUCAAAAAACGUCUAUGAUCACAUUUCUAGAACCUUUUGUCCUGUCACUUAUAGAGCUGCCAAACGUAGAGCAUUUUUCUUCUAGUAUAUUUUUAUGUUAGUUUUUGUUUUAUCAUAUUUUGUAAAACAUUUUCCCAGAUGUCGAAUGUCGAAUUUUUAGAACUAAUAAAUUUAAUAAUAUUUAA